AUGACAUCUUCUGCCAGUACAACUGCUGGCGUAGAUGCGGCUUCUGCUGAAGUUCCCAGUGCGGCUGUGCUCGUCAUGGAUCAAACCGAUAUCUGGGUUGACAACAUCUUUUCCUUCUUGGGCAUGGGACACUAUGCUUUCGUUGGAGCUGUGAACAAGAGAUUCCAACAUCUCUACCAGUUGUAUUGUGAUUCUGUCCAAGAUCCGCCCAUGGUGCUCCUUUAUGGUUCCAUCUAUAGUACACGCCAAGCCAACCGCACGGAUACAUUCUUUGAAUUUGCGUUCUACAAUACAUCCUGUGCCAAUUUCUGGAACAGCGACACUUCCCACUUUCGAACCCCACUGUACCUGUCCACGUGCCGCAAAAUUGCCAGGUACGGGGUUUUACCAGUGAUGGAAUGGGCUCAUGAAAAGGGAUUUCCCUGGGAUGGCGAUGUUUGUGCCGAAGCGGCGAAAUGGGGUCAUUUGAAUUUGUUGCACUAUGCUCGUGCCAACCGCUGCCCUUGGGGUGCCACGACUUGCUCCAAUGCUGCUAUGAAUGGACAUUUGAAACUGUUGCAAUGGGUGAGACAGCAUCACUGUCCAUGGGAUGGAUCUGUAUGUUCCAAUGCUGCCAAAGGAGGACAUUUGGAAUUGCUCCAGUGGGCCCGACAGAAUGGCUGUCCGUGGAAUCCAUCCGUAUGCGAAAUGGCUGCUGGCAAUGGACAUUUCGAGCUCUUGAAAUGGGCCAGAGACAAUGGAUGUCACUGGAACAAAUUUACAUGCAGAGCUGCUGCUAGAAAUGGGCACCUGGAAAUAUUGCAAUGGGCACGAGAGAAUGACUGUCCAUGGGAUGAAUUUACGUGUAAUGCAGCUGCAUUUCGUGGACAUUUUGAAGUCUUGAAAUGGGCUCACGAGAACAGCUGUCCUUGGAGCACACUCACAUGCUAUUCAGCUGCAGAAGGUGGGAAUCUGGAAAUCUUAAAGUGGCUUCAUGACAAUGGAUGUCCUUGGGAUCAAUGGACCGGCAUUGCAAUUGCAAAGUCGAAAGGACACUCAGAAGUUCUCGAGUGGGCGGAGCUGCACCCAAGCAACGAAUGA